CAAACAAAACAAUUGCGUGUAUGUGAGAAUCACUUGUUCAUAUAUAUUCUUUCCUUCCUCCAUUCAACACUCAUAACUCAAAUCCUCGGAGAGAAAAAAAGUUAGGGUUUUGCAUUUUGGAUCAGUCAGACUCAGACAUGGGAGGAGGCAAUGCCCAGAAGUCAAAGAUGGCUCGCGAGAAGAAUCUCGAGAAGCAGAAAGCAGCGGCUAAGGGGAGCCAGUUGGAUUCAAACAAGAAAGCUAUGUCUAUUCAGUGUAAGGUGUGCAUGCAAACAUUUAUAUGCACCACAUCAGAAGUGAAGUGUAAGGAGCAUGCUGAAGCCAAACACCCCAAAUCUGAUCUCUAUGUUUGUUUUCCUCAUCUUAAAAAGUGAAAGAGUUCAUGUUGAGACAUGAUAUCAAUAUAUGGCCUGUUCUACAGUCUCUAUCCACAUAGAUCUUCAAUUUCUUUUAAUAUAAAAUAUGUCUGUGUGUUUGUGUCUUCAGGGGUAGUGAGAGACGAGAGGGGAUAAUUAGUAAGUUUUUCCAUUGUUCAAGUGUGAGAAACUAUGUUAAUUUUCUCUUUUUUUGUCAAAUUGUAACUUAUGAAUGAUCAUUAGUGUCAAUAUUAAGCUUCUUACAGAAUCAUAGAUUACAUGAAAAUGUUUGACUCUUUCAA